AUGGCACAAAAAUCCAGUCCACAAAAUUCGCCUCAAUCUAUAGCAGCUACAGAUUCAAAUAUAGCACUACCUGGUUUACUUUGGUUAGUCCCAGCCGAUAGUACUGGAAGCAACAAAGACAGUAAAAUUGCUCCCCGAUUAUCAGGUGGGAUGAUCAGUCAGUUACCUCAAUCGGGUGUGGUAGAAAUCCAUCAUUCAUUCCCAUUAAAUCCACCGCCGUCUAAUCCAAUACGUGCUGAUUUACUGAAUCUUAGUCCACCGUCAAGCACUCCGUUGAAUACGGUUAAUACAACUGACUCUAAGGUGACUAUAAGUGGUAGUACUGGCGAUGGUGUUGCUGGCAUGUCAACUGUUGCAGAUAACCUGCGAAAACAGCUGCUGACCUUGACGCCGAAACAACCGAGAUUCAAGAGUGAAAGGAACACUCUAAUCCAGAUAUUGUUUGCGCAUUUGUUUAGGGAUGAAAUUAUCGAUUUGUUAGGAAACCGGUCUUCAGUGAAUCAUAGAGGCAAGGGUUAUGUGCUUCUAGGAUUUACAAGGAUGGCUGUUUUAGAAUGUAAAAUAUUCCAAUAA